CCUUCGUGCCAAAAAAAGGUCAUUUCGAUCAGCACCAUGGAGAGCUCGAGUACCGCCGCGCGCGCUUUGCUGCUGCUGCUAUUAGUACUCCGGAGUUGUGCACGAGCGGACAACGAAGACACCGAAGUGGACCUGGACACAAGAGCCAUCCGCGACUUCUAUCCAAAAGACCCCAAUCUGACCAGCGAAAAACAGCUGCUUGGGGCUCUCCAUGAAGUUCUGGAAAAGCUUCAAAUGAAAAGAAUUCCGCCUUGGGAGAAGAAAUUUGGACAGGUUCCCAUGUGCGACGUGGGAGAGCAGUGCGCAGUCCGCAAAGGCUCAAGAAUCGGCAAAAUGUGCGACUGCCCGCGGGGAGCCUUCUGCAACUUUUUCCUUCUGAAAUGUCUGUGAGAAUGGAAACAGCAUUUUAAGCGGCUUCAUCGAUGUAUCACAAAAGUAAUUAAUUCAUUUAUAUAGAUAUUUUUUUAAGUGCAAGAACACGCUGAAGAUUUGUGUGCGUGUGUAUAAAGUCCUGUUUAUCUGUUCAUGCACUGCACACAUAUACUGUACUAAUGUCAUGAAUAUGUAACGUCUAUGUUUUGUGUAUUAAAGU